AUGAGUCAAUCUAUUUCAUCACUGAUCAAACUUAAGUUCCUUCAAUCACAUAACAGUGAUAAGAAUAGCGACAGAAAAGAUAGGACCAACGGUCCAAGGAACAAAGACAAAAACAGAGAAGAUGAAGGUUAUAGGAGACCUUUCAUUCAAUUGGCAGAAAUACAGGAGCAUGCAUCGAAUGAUGAAGAUAAAGCAAACCUUAGGGAAUUCAAGCCUACCAAAAAACACAGCAAACUAAGCAGAAUACGACAUAAGAUGAGUAGGCUAGAUUUGAAUUUUAGGUCAACUAGUGAGAGAGGCUCCGAAGAGGAUGAGAAUGCGGAUGCUCAACACAAUAGCAAAGGACAAGAUUCCAAGGAAAAGCAUCUCAUAUCCGAAUAUGAUACAAAUUCAAUAGAGAGAGAGCCCAAUCUUAACCCCGAGAAAACGUCAAUUGUCAAUUUUGGGUCUGAUAACAUGAGGAAGAAUUCAAAACAUAUUUCUCUUUCGCUUAGUCCUGCCAAAUCCACCACGGAAAAAUUUCCUACCUCUAAUAGAUCUUCUAAGGAAUAUAGAAUGUCACAGGACUGCUCCUUGUUUAAUGGUGAAAGAUUAGCUCCGACGCUCCCUACGAUGAGUAGAAUAUCUACAACUUCUUCUAUUGGUUCGUCUACAGCGGCUUCAAGGUACUUCAACCCAUCAAAAAGAAAUGUUGUAGCAUCAUCAUCGUCUUCAUCGUCAGUGAAGUUCAAUCCUUUACACCCUAUACCAAUUGACACAACGCCUCAAAUAGAGUUGGCCAAACAACAAGACGAAAUAUUUAAGAAGAGAUUUGGAAGAAGGCGUAGUAGGACCGUUGAUGUAUUUGACUAUAUAAAGAAGAAUAACGCAGCUAGAAACAAGACCCCAUUAUCUCCACCACCUUUUAUUAGGACCAUCGAUGAGACGAAUGCGAGUAUUAUGAGACCGGAAAUUAUUAGGUCUCACAGUCCUCUUUUGUCCGAUGAUAAUAACAUUUCAAGCUGUAGUACAAACGAGAUAGACACGAGUCAUUUAGAUCAUCAAAAACCAUCAAGAUCUAGAUCCCAGAGUACAUCUUUUGUACAAAAUAAGAGCGGAAAGAGCAAGUCCACCGAUAACGAAAACUAUAACGGAAAAUUAGGCUUGCCUCAUGGGUCGGGUCCUGCUUCGGUCUACAAUAAUACAAGCAAUGCUAACUCGACUAUUAUAGGGACGUCGAGAAGAAGUAGUUCGAUAGUCAAUGCUUUGAGCAGUUUUGUUAAUCUUCGCUCCCCCAGUUUAUCAUCAUCUAAACAACAGCAUCUUCAACAACAACAUCAACUCCAACAAAAAUUGGACAUCUCGUUGAAUGAUCUACCACCGAUUCCAACACCGGAAUUCGGUGAUUCAUGCAAAGAUUUUUUAAUUAAAUUGGCGCCAUAUGGGAAGUUCAUUGGGGUCAUUCUAACUGAGAAGGAAGAUGAUUUCAACAAAAAUUGCUUAAGUUAUUUAUUAACGAACCAUUUUGAAUUUAAAAACGAUCCCUUGGACAUUGCCCUUCGAAAACUUUUAAUGUUUUUAGAGCUUCCAAAGGAGUCCCAACAAAUUGAUAGAUUGAUAAUGGAAUUCAGUACGGCAUAUUAUAAAUCACAGAAAAGUUUCUGUAAGAAGACGGGAAUUGAAUGCACCUGGUUAAACUCGGAUCAAGUUUAUUUCAUAACGUUCUCCUUAUUAAUGCUGCAUACGGAUUAUUUUAAUCCUAACAACAAAUGUAAGAUGACGAAGCACGAUUUUGUGGAUUUGGUUCAUAAUGAUAAAUAUUCAAAUGGUAACGAGGUUCCUAUUGAUAUACUGUCAUACUUCUAUGAAAAUGUCACAGCAAAAGAGUCCCCUAAGUUCAAUUAUUUCGUGAUGUCACCAAUGGCCUUGGACGAUAGUGUCUUUGAUAAAGAUACAUUUGAUACAAAUUUUGCUAUUUCACUUUCAUCCAACUCCAUGUAUUCUCCUAUAGAUAUGAUAAAAAAGGGUAGCAUAUUAUCUAAGGAAUCCUCUAUUUCACCGAACUAUUACCCAUUAACAACUUCAACCAGUGGUUCAAAUAUACUCCCAUCGACAACAGUUUCUUCAGGUCCAUCCAAUACUUCUGCCGGUAACGGGACUAACCUCGGAGUCAACAAUAAUAAUAAUACUAGACCGGCUUCAAACUCAAUAUCAUCUUAUUUUUCACAUAACCCAAGUUCCGGCUCUAGCGGAUAUGCUACAUUAUGUCAAGAUGAUAUAAACAUUUAUUCGCAUAUUUUAAAUGAUUCGUUAUGUGACGUAAAUUUGUUUUCAGAGGUUUCGAAAUACUGGAAAAAAAAUUCCAUGAAAAUGGAUAUGUUAGGAAAAGAGGAACAUAGAUACGAGAAGUGUUUCAGUAUUAUGAGUGGUACCAAGGGUGGAUACCUACGUUUCCACAGAAGCCAAUUAAAUAAGUUGCAUUUACCAAAUUUUGAAAUAUUAAAUGAUGAUAGCCAAGCUGGUUUCAAGAAUUCGGAAUAUAAAUAUAGCAAAAUCCUUCAAAUGGGAGGGAUAAUGAACUUGGGUAUGCCCACUAAAAAGUUUUCUAUUGUAAAUUCAGGUAAAAUACACUGGAAAAAGGAAUUUGCCAUAUUAACAUCAUUUGGGCUUUUGAUCUGCGAUAAAAUGGAUUGGAUAAACCCGCAAAUGAUGAAGGAUCCAAAAUCAGGAACAUCGAAUUAUAUAAUUGAUUUCAAAUCCGGCUUUUCCUUUGUUCCAGGAAAUAUGAUAGAUGUUUUUAACGGAUUGUUUGCUGAUAGUGAACGAGAUUCAUUGGGGAAGUCGCAUUUUGCAAGUUUGAUUCUUGCGUAUUCAGAUCAUUAUUCGGCAGGAAAUCAUACCAAUAAUGUCACGGCAUCAAGUUGUAAUAUCAAACAUGGUGAAAGAAAUUUUGACUCAUCUUCAGAUGAUGAAGAAAACGACAGCGGGCAUAUAGAUAGCAGCAGCAGUAGGAGUGACAACGAAAGUGGAACUGAUAGUGUUUCCAGUGCAGACGCCGCAUCAAAUGCAAAUGUGGACGAAUAUAAAGAGGGUGGCUCUGGCGAGGAUGACUUUUCGAUUCUUCAGGAUGAAGAUGGCGAUUGCCUAUUAUAUCUACACACAUGUCAUCGAAAUUUCAUCUGGAAAUGUGCCAACAAGUAUGAAAGAGACAACUGGAUUGAUUCCAUUAAUUUGUUUUCAGCCUACGACGGAUGCUACGUGGAAAUUGGUAGUAUAGCAAACACAAUUUGUAACAAGCGGAAAAUCACUGUUUCACAACGAUUAGAAAGCCUAAACUCAAUCAGAUCAGAAAAACGGGAGAAACUGAAAAAAUGUGAACGAAUCUUGAUGUUAUUGGGGAAAUGUGUACCUAUUAGUACGAAGACCAGGAUGGAUAUGAUCAAUGUUAUAAGGCAGCUGGCUGUCAGAAUGGAUUGGUUAGUUUACGAAAUCAAAAGAAAUGAAUUGUUUAUAGGUGUCAUAAAGUAUGUGACGUAUAAAUUGCAGGUGGGGAAAGAUGAAUUGCAUAAUGGUAAAGGGGACAAGAAAGACCAGCAUGGGGGUCAUGAUAACGAUGAUAUUGAUAUCGACAAAAGCUUUCUGUUCAACGAAGAUAGUCUACAAGAAUGUCUGGAUGACAGCGGUGGUGAUGAGUACAAUAACGAGUAA